UGAAUUUCCGGAAGAACGAUGGGGGAGUCGAGUGGCAGAUUUUGCUAUGUUUACAGUUGUGAUGUAGAUGUGAAUGUUGAAAUCAAAAUUGGCACGCUCGAGGGUCUGCGAGACAGACCAAGCUACAAGGAGUUGCUAGAGGAUCCUAUGCUGAAGUUUUCUGGAGCAUAUCAGGAGGGAUGCUCUGACCUCUAUGUGACGUGCCAGGUGUGUGCUGAUGGCCGCCCCCUUGCCAUGCCAGUCUCCACCUCCUAUAAGGCCUUCAGCACACGCUGGAAUUGGAAUGAGUGGAUUCAGCUGCCUGUCAAAUACAGCGAUCUUCCAAGAAAUGCCUUCCUAUCAUUUACUGUCUGGGACAUUUAUGGAACAAACAAAGCUCACCCAGUUGGUGGGACAACCAUCUCUCUGUUCGGGAAGAGAGGGACAUUCCGCCAGGGCAUGCAUGACUUGAAGGUGUGGCCAAAGGUGGUGGCCGAUAUAUCCUCAAAGAUCACCACUCCAGGGAAGACCAAAGAUGCCAAUGAUCAGAUGAGUCGACUGGCUAAACUGAGCAAGAGACAUCGAGAUGGGCACAUGGUGAAGGUUGACUGGUUGGAUCGGCUGACGUUCCGAGAGAUUGAGAUGAUUAACGAGAGGCAGAAGAGGGACUCCAACUUUAUGUAUCUUAUGAUUGAGUUCCCUCAUGUCCACUAUGAAAAUACUCAGUUCUCAAUCGUCUACUUUGAAAAGGAUGCGGACAGACCCUUCGAGUUUCGAACACAAGCGGAAAUUGUCACAGUACCAGAUCCAGAGAUUCUCAUGGAGAACCUGGUAGAGAGCAAGCACCACAAGCUGGCCAGGAGUCUGAGGAGUGGCCCCACUGACCGAGACAUGAAGCCAGACGCCAAAACAAGGGACCAUCUCAAUACCAUUGUCAGCUACCCACCAACGAAGCAACUGACGUCAGAGGAGCAAGACUUGCUAUGGAAGUUUCGCUUCUAUCUCUCCAGCCAGAAACAGGCUUUGACAAAGUUUCUGAAAUGUGUGAACUGGUCUACGGCUCAGGAGGCAAGGCAGGCACUAGAUCUGUUGUCCAAAUGGCAGCCAAUGGAUGCUGAAGAUGCUCUGGAGCUUCUCACUCCGGCCUUUACACAUCCCACUGUCAGGAAGUAUGCAGUCACCAGGCUCCGGCAAGCUGAUGACGAGGAUCUGUUGCUGUACCUACUCCAGCUAGUUCAGGCCCUAAAGUAUGAGAACUUCGACGAGAUAAAGGAGGGCAUGGAUACUCCUCCUCCACAAAGAGAGUCAGCCCCAUCACCAGAAACACCUUCCAGCUCCUCAGAAAAAGAAAGUCGAUCAAUGAGCACAUUAUCAAGAGCGUCUUCCCAUGAUUCCAUCCUUGAUGCUCUGGGAACAUCCCCGCCCGGGAAGGAAGAGACUCCCGAGAACAAACUUGCUAAAGAGAUGGAUCUUGCAACCUUUCUCAUAUGGAAGGCUUGUAAUAAUUCUACCAUUGCCAACUAUUUUUACUGGUACUUGUUGGUGGAGUGUGAGGACCAGGAAGUAUCAACCAAGGACAGUGCUCUGCGAGAGAUGUACAUCACAGUCAUGAAGAGGUUCAGUAAAGCCCUCAGCAAGGGAGGCCAGGAGUGUCGACUGCGGCGGUCAAGUCUGGCCGAGCAACAGUUGUUCAUCAGUAAGCUGGUGGACCUGGUGAAGCUAGUGGCACGGGAGAGUGGAAACAGGAAGAAGAAGAUUGAAAGACUACAGGCAUUGUUACAAGAUCCAGAGGUUUGCAAGAGGAACUUUGCUGAGUUUGAUGUUCUUCCUUUACCCCUCGACCCUGAGGUCAAGGUCAGGGGCAUCAUACCUGAGAAGGCCACAUUGUUCAAGGUGAGCACAAAAACUAUCAUUCUAUCUUAAACUUGGCAUUUGAAGAAAAACACAUUUAUCACUUACUGGAAGGAAGGUACACAGACCGCUUCAGACGACUUGAUCAACCAGAUAAUCAGGGUGAUGGACCAGCUGUUGCGAAGAGAGAAUCUAGAUCUCAAGCUGUCUCCCUACAAGGUCCUGGCCACCAGCAGUAAACACGGUUUUGUACAGUUCAUUGAGUCAACAUCAGUAGCCGAGGUGCUGGCGUCUGAGGGUACAAUACAGAACUACUUCAAGAAACAUGCCCCGUCAGAGAAUGGGCCAUAUGGCAUCCAGCCAGAGGUCAUGGAUAAUUAUGUCAAGAGUUGUGCUGGCUACUGUGUUGUCACGUACCUCCUUGGAGUUGGAGACAGACAUCUUGACAACCUCCUUCUCACUAAAACAGGUAAACUAUUCCAUAUUGACUUUGGCUACAUCCUGGGCCGAGACCCGAAGCCCCUUCCGCCUCCGAUGAGGCUGAGUAAGGAGAUGGUGGAGGCGAUGGGAGGAACCAACUCCGAACACUUCUAUGACUUCAAGAAGCACUGCUACACUGCCUUCCUGGCACUCAGGAGGUCUGCCAACCUGUUCCUCAACUUGUUCUCCCUGCUGGUUGAUGCCAACAUCCCGGACAUCGCACUGGAGCCAGACAAGACGGUGAAGAAGGUGCAGGAGAAGUUUGUCCUGCACUACACUGAUGAGGAGGCGGUGCACUACAUGCAGAACGUCAUCGACCUGAGUGUGUCAGCCGUCAUGGCCGCCCUUGUAGAGCAGCUACACAAGAUGGCUCAGUACUGGAGAAAAUAGAAGAAACUGAUCGUAAAGCGUGCAAUAUCAGAGUGCAAUACUGAGAGUGGUGAUACAGCAACCAUAUACUAAACACCAAUUAUACUCAAAGGUUUGGAUCCAUCAACAUAUUUAUGUUCAGUUAGCUAUGUGAAGUGAAAGUGAAGGUCUACAGUGCAGUCAAGAAACUUCCACUGACUUCCCAUUGAUGCGUUCUUCAUAGAUACUAAUUGAGGUCUGGAUCUUCAGCAUUACCAGACGAUGGUCAGGUAUCUACAGUGCUCAGUGUUGGCAUUGGCAUGAAACUUGCCUUGGGUUAUUAAUUAUUAGUUACAAAUUCCAGGUGUUUAAUCAGUGCCAGUGAUGAAUGGAUAAAUGUGAAACUUGUCACAUGAACAAAAUCCAUAACUGGAGAUGUUUUGUUUGAGAAAGUCUUUGUUGAUCUGUCCAUUGGGUAUAUACAUGUAUUGUGUUUGUAGAAAAAAACUACUAAUUAAUUCUUGAACAUUUGAUGGAAUACUAAGUUAUCUGAGAAGUGACUAUUUUAGUUAUAAAGAUUCUUUAUUGCUGUAGAUAUAUACUGUAUUAUAUACAUGUCUUAUAUGUGAGUUACAUUCCAAGUGUGUAUUAUAGUGUACAACCAGUGUUAUACGAUGCUGACAAACUCUUAUUUCCUGUCAAUGUCUAGUUGCUUUCAGUAUCGACAAUGGUAAGGAAAGGCUAGAUUUGGUUGUCACCAUAUUAAUAAAAUUUUCUUGUAUAAAUUAUGUGAACUAAGUUCAGUGUAAUAUGACAUCCAAUAGUGUAUAUAUCACAUGUACAUUUAUGUAAAUAUUUGUACAAAACUGAUGAAUAAAAUUGUCUUAAAUCAA